AUGUCCUCCCACAAGAUCGUGUUGGUGCUGGCGCUGGGCGCGCUGGCGCUGGCCGCGCGCGCCGCGCCGCGCCACGUGCGCCGCGUGGAGCUGGCCGACGCCAUCAACCGCACCGUGUGCCCCAUCCGCGUGGAGCUGGACGACAACCCCGACCGCGUGCCGCGCCGCAUCAAGAUGAUGCGCUGCGCCGCCGAGCCCAGCCACUGGUGCCGCCACCUGCCGCCGCGCGAGUGCUGCCAGCGGCACCACGGCGCGCACGUGCUGGAGUGCGCGGAGGUGCACGACACGGUGCUGGUGUACUACAAGAGCAGCCAGCGCACCGCCACCUACGCCGUGGCCGUGGGCUGCAGCUGCAUGGUGGUGCGCAGCGCCGCCGCGCCCGGCGUGCCCGAGGGGCCCACGUGA